AGCUAAACAGGAAGUAGAGAUCGUGUUGUAACGUGGUUUGUAUUUUAACAUUAAAAUGACAAACAAAAACAACGAAACCGUUUAAUGUAAUGAUUGACUUGUGGAGUCAUUUUGAGUUGCGUUUCAACUUCCAUUUUCUGUGUCCAAAGGAACAUGCUUCUCUGCACUUUGUGGUCCAAACUGGGGGCUCUUCGACCUUUGAAGAGGAAUCCACUAUGCGUCUUUGCUGCAGCCUCUCAGCCUCUCCAACAGCUGAAGUAUGAGUCCAAAAUGAAGACCUCCUCAUUUGCACAAAGGAUUUUUUCAAAGCCCUGUUAUUCAAACCCUCCCUGGCAGCAGAAGCAAAAACCAUCUGUUUUGCUUGUUUUAAAUGGACUUAAAAGUCUCAGGACCACUUUCUUACCUGAAUCUGGGAUAUUGCCUCAGUGUCAGACUGGACAAAAUUGCCUGUAUUCAACAAACAUUGUGAAGUCAGUAUUGAAAUCUACUCUGAAACCAGUGGCAGUGCCUGGGAAAAGGCCUACGAAAGGACCAAGAACAAAGCAACCUUCCAGAGCUAAUCAGCCCUUUCUAAACAAAGACCAGGAUAUGUUGCAGUGUAUUGCCUUUGCCACAGCAGAUCAGUAUCAUUUGCCAACACUUUGGCAUGACUUGAUCGGGCACGGCUUUCAUGAGGUAGCCUUACCUAGAGAUGCUUCAAAUGUACUGGUGAUACACACAGACAUGGCUGCAAAACCACAUGACAGUGCGCUGGUGUUCUUCUUCAGGGAAGGCUCAGUGGUUUUCUGGAAUGUUGAGGAGAAAAUGAUGAAGAAAGUGUUGAGAAUUUUGGAACCUCAUGAGAUUCAGCCCUACGAAGUAGCAUUAGUUAACUGGGAAAACGAGGAGAUCAACUACACCGUUGAAGAGCAAGUUUCAAAGCUUCAACGUGGCAACUUUAUUCUCAAUAGUGCAAUCGAUCAACAAGAGGCUAUUCUGGAGAAGUUCGCAUUUUCAAAUGCACUGUGUUUAUCAGUGAAGCUUGCAAUAUGGGAGGUGUCAUUAGACAACUUUGUAGAGUCAAUUCAAACAAUACCAGAGACUCUGAAAUCUGGAAAAAAGAUUAAGCUGUCCUCAGCAGAGGUUAUGCAGAAGAUAGGAGAACUUUUUUCAUUAAGACACUGUAUAAACCUCAGGUCCGACCUGCUCAUCACGCCUGAUUUCUACUGGGACCGAGAAAACUUGGAAAAACUCUACGACAAGACCUGUCAGUUUCUCAGCAUCAACCGCAGAGUCAAUGUUGUGAACGAGAAACUGCAACAUUGCUCACAGCUGACGGACCUGAUGAGGAGCCAUCUGAGUGAAAAGCACAGCUUAAGGUUGGAGUGGAUGAUAGUCGUUCUCAUCACUAUUGAGGUGAUGUUUGAGCUUGGAAGAAUGAUUUUCUAACCAACUCCAUGAAUACUGGUUAAUCCAGUACUUCUUUACAAGCGACAAAUGAUGCGUGUAGCACAGUGCAAAGGUACCAUGGUUAUAUAUUACAGUUUGUGGAAACAUCAUGACACAGACCUUCAUGUUUUAGCAAUUUUUGCUUUUCACCAAGCAGAAACCUGAAUAAAAUUUCACUUCUACCAUUUCUAUAUUGUUUUACUGAAUAUGACAACACAAGUCAUUUAGAAUUUCACACUGUACAGUUUUUUGUUGUUGCUAAACAUUGCUAAACUGCCACACUGCAAUGUAUUUCAUGUAUUUCUGUCAUUUAAGAAUGUCUUUUUUGUCAGUUUGUAUAAUGUAGAACUACCUGAGACCUUCUCAGUAUACCACAAAACGCUUUAAAAAGGGUUUGAAAAGACUUUCUCGGUAGCUCAUGUGACACUGUUCUUGCCAUUGAAGCAAUCAGAAAAAAAAAAUCUGUAAAUAUAUGCGGAACUCCAUCUGUGAGCGCUGUUUUAUAGAAUGUGAAAUAAAGUAUUUAAUAAUUA